CUCCUUCACUCUAUUGGAAUCACAUCACUCCUCUGACAAUCUGUACAAGCCCGCGGCAAAGUGAUGAAGAGAAUAAAAUAAAAUCCGAAAUCCCGUAUGCCCUAUUCCUACUGAUCAUAGCCUUCGACGAGGAUCUUAGUCGCGACUCGUAUACCUCAUUUGUUAUUAUGUUAAGAAAGACAGUCUUCCGAAUGACAAAGGCUGUAGCCUCCAAGUCCUAUCUCCAAAGUCUAGUUCAGGGAGAGUCAUUGACUGAGAACCUGCAAAUCUAUCGAUCAGAGACAUAUGACCUGUUAGAUCCUGGUGAAAGGAAGGGUUUCUUAAGGAUAUUUCUAGGCCUCAUUCAGUAUCUCAAUAUCAACACCAUCGACACGAGAGUUUAGAAUUUCUAUGGGGAUAUUUAAUUAUCUAUUUCCAG